AUGCGAUAUGGUGACAUUGAGGUCUCCAAUACUUUGCAUUCUUCCCGGUUUAUGAUAAAUGCAAACAUUGACGAAAUCAAUGACUACAAAUCAAGACUCACUCAAAGCGAGCCAGAUAGUUGUCGAGUCGUAAGUCAAAUGUCAUCAAAUUCUUCGUACUCAUAUGAGGACGACUUUGUUCAUAAGUCUAUUAUAAAAACUUUGGAUGACUUAGAUGAAUCGCCUGAGAUUGGCACAUGCAUUGUAUUGGCAACGAUCACAAAUUUGGUGAAAAAAUCAAAGUGGUGGUUUUAUAGCUGCCCGAAUACAAAGUGUAAGAAAUCCGUUGAGAAGGAUUUGAAGAUGUGGUACAAAAUUGAGUUUAUUGUCAUGGACAACACAAAUAUCGCAACAUUGAUAGUAUUUGGAAAAGAUGCAGAAAUGAUGUUGGAUCUUUCUGUCGAUGCAUUAAUUCAGCGUAUACACGAUAGGGGAGAAGAUGAUUUCGAAUAUCCAAAGGAACUUGAUGCUCUGGUUGAUAGAAUGAUGUUGUUCAAACUUAACGUUGUGGAAAAGAAUGUACACGAUCCAGCAAAUUCAACAUACCGUAUUAAAAAAGUUUGUUUUGAUGACUCUGUCAUUACUGCGUUUACGGAACAUUAUAAAUUGAAUGAGGAUUCCUCUUCAUUGUCGGAGAAUAAUGAUUGUGAAGUACUUUAUGUUACUCCAUCGUCAAAGCGACCGGGCGAUGGUGUUCUCGAAAAGGUAGACGACGAUCCAACACUGCAGCACUCAACCAGCAAAUUGAUAAAAAAAAUUAAGCUAGAGAAAAUGGAGUAG